AGAACUUUUCCCUUACAAGAUACCUGCGGUAUGUGUCUUGGUGUCCAGCUAUGAUUCCUGGUUCUCUGCUUCCUCUGUCUCAGGGUGACCAGACACUUCUGCACACUGGGCUGGAAGGAUGAAGCAGAGUCUAGAAUGGGUGGGCUCUACAGGAUCCUGGUCCAGCUGGAACAAAGUCCAUAUGUAAAGUCCUUUGAACAUGAGCAUCGUAUAUGAGAAGGGAUUUUUUUCCUGGUUGUAACCUGGAUGCCUAAGGCAGUCAAGAUGAGUGGGGACAGCCUUGUGUCUUCUCUACAGUUCCUGUUCAUGUUAGCAGGACUUUCUCUGCUGUCUUCAGCAGAGGCAUAUGGGUUCAACAAGUGCACACAGUAUGAAUUUGAUAUUCACCAUGUGUUCUGCAUUCGGAAGAAGAUCACCAACUUGACAGAGGCCAUUAGUGACAUACCUAGAUAUACUACUCACCUCAACCUUACAAACAACCACAUUCAAGUCCUUCCUCCUGGGAGCUUCAUUAAUCUGUCUGCUCUGGUGGACUUGAGACUAGAGUGGAACUCAAUUUGGAAGAUCGACAAAGGUGCCUUUAGGGGACUUGAAAAUUUGACUCUGCUGAAUUUAGUGGAAAAUAAGAUUUCAAGUGUGACUAACUUUUUCGAAGGCCUGUCCAACCUGGAGACCUUGCUUCUGAGCCACAAUCAGAUCACCCAUGUUCACAAAGACGCCUUUACUCCUCUAGGCAAACUGAAAUAUUUGAGCCUAUCUCGAAACAGCAUUAGCAAUUUUUCUGGUAUUCUUGAAGCAGUCCAGCAUCUUCCAUGCCUGGAGCACCUUGAUCUUACUAACAACAGCAUCAUGUACUUGGACCACAGCCCCAGGUCACUGGUUUCUUUGACCCACCUGAGUUUCCAGGGGAACAAACUAAUAGAGUUAAACUUCUCUACUUUAUCACUGCCCAACUUAACCACUCUAAGUGCUUCCCAGAAUGGCCAUGGACUCAUUCAGAAUGUGUAUCUGGAAACUCUGCCCCAACUUAAAAGCUUGAAUCUGAGUGGAACAAUGGUGAAAUUGGAGAUGCUUUCAGCCAAACACCUGCAGAAUUUAAGGGUUAUGGAUCUCAGUAACCGGGAGCUUAGACAUGGCCACUUAAAUAUAAAAACUGUUUGUUACCUCCUCAGAAACCUACCCAUGUUAGAGACACUGGUUUUUCAGAAGAAUGCCACCAAUGCAGAGGGCAUUAAGCAGCUGGCAAAGUGUACCAGGCUCUUGGUCCUUGACCUGGGCCAAAAUAGUGACUUGGUUCAUCUCAAUGACAGCGAGUUCAAUUCUCUGCCCAGUCUCCAAAGACUGAAUCUGAACAAGUGCCAGCUCUCUUUCAUCAGCAACAGGACCUGGGGUUCCUUGCAGAACUUGACCAUCCUAGAUCUGAGCCAUAACAAGUUUAAAAGCUUUCCAGAUUUUGCGUUUUCCCCUUUGAAGCGCUUGGAGUUUCUCUCUCUUUCGAGAAACCCCAUCACAGAACUCAAUAAUCUGGCCUUCAGUGGGCUAUUUUCACUGAAGGAGCUCAACUUAGCUGCGUGUUGGAUUGUAACAAUUGACAGGUAUUCCUUUACACCGUUUCCAAACUUAGAGGUCUUAGAUCUUGGAGACAACAAUAUUCGGACUCUCAACCACAGAACCUUCCGACCUCUGAAAAAUCUCCAGGCUUUGAUUCUCUCCCACAACCGCCUGGAAAUCAUGGAGCCGAAUGCAUUUUCUGGACUCACUAACCUAAGUUACCUUGACCUGAUGUACAAUAGCUUGUCAUAUUUUCAUAAACACCUUUUCUCAGGCCUUGAAAAGCUGCUGGUUUUGAAACUUGGUUUUAAUAAGAUCACGUAUGAAACUACUAGGACCCUUCAGUAUCCUCCAUUUAUGAAGCUCAAGUCUUUGAAACAGCUCAACCUAGAAGGACAAAAACAUGGGAUUCAGGUUGUUCCGAGCAACUUUUUCCAAGGGUUGAGUAGUUUGCAGGAGCUACUCUUAGGAAAAAACCCAUCGGUAUUCCUGGACCACUACCAAUUUGACCCUCUGAUUAAUCUCACAAAGUUGGAUAUCUCAGGAACAAAAGAUGGAGAUCGAAGUCUCUAUUUAAAUGCUUCCUUAUUCCGAAACCUCAAAAAGCUAAAGAUCCUCCGCCUUGAAAAUAACAACUUAGAGUCAUUGGUUCCUGGCAUGUUCUCCAGCUUACAGAGCCUCCAGGUCUUCUCUUUAAGAUUCAACAACUUGAAGGUCAUUAAUCAAACUCAUCUGGAGAAUCUGAAAUCAUUGAUGUUUUUUGAUGUCUAUGAGAACAAACUUCAGUGCACCUGUGACAAUUUGUGGUUCAAGAACUGGUCAGUAAACACAGAGGAGGUCCACAUCCCCUUCCUCCGGAGCUAUCCUUGUCAGCAGCCAGACAGCCAGAGUUUGCUUAUAGAUUUUGAUGAUGCCAUGUGUAAUUUUGACUUAGGAAAGGUCUACUUCUUAUGUUCCUUCAGUAUGGUCGUCAGCACCAUGGUCUUCGCUUGGUUCAGUGCCAAGAUGACUGCAUCUCUGUGGUAUGGUUUGUACAUAUGUAGGGCCUGGUACCUCACUAAAUGGCACAAAACAGAGAAGAAGUUCAUAUAUGAUGCAUUUGUCUCUUUCUCAGCCACUGAUGAGGCGUGGGUAUACAAAGAGCUUGUUCCAGCCCUAGAAGAAGGCAGCCAGACCACCUUUAAACUGUGUCUUCACCAACGGGACUUUGAACCAGGCAUUGACAUUUUCGAGAACAUUCAGAAUGCUAUUAACACAAGCAGGAAAACCUUGUGUGUAGUCAGUAACCACUACCUACACAGUGAAUGGUGCCGGCUUGAAGUCCAGCUGGCUAGCAUGAAGAUGUUUUAUGAGCACAAGGAUGUCAUUAUCUUGAUCUUCCUUGAAGAGAUUCCAAACUAUAAGCUGUCCAGCUACCACCGACUCAGGAAACUCAUAAACAGACAGACGUUUAUCACUUGGCCAGACAGUGCUCACCAGCAGCCACUCUUCUGGGCUCGCAUCAGAAAUGCAUUGGGCAAUGAGACUGUGGAGAAAGAAAAUACACAUCUAAUUGUUGUCGAGUGACUGGAGUCUUACAAUCUUAAAUCCAGCUGCAUAAACGUUGCCCCAAAUAAGUGUAAGCUGUUUUGACUAAAUAAGCUCUCUUCAGGGACAAACAUGAUUGUUUGGAUAGUGUUCAUUAGAAGAGUUUGGGAGACUGCUUGGAAAAGUUUCAGGAGUAGGGUCCCACUAUUAUGGGAUUGGAUAUGCAGAAGGAAUUCCUAUUUUAUUAAGGACUUGGAACCCCAGUCCUGAACUCUGGGGAACAGGAAGGUCUUCCUUCGCCUGUGUUCAGAGAUCCUUGCUCACGUUGUUUCUCUAAAUCAGUUGUGGUCACGGGAGACUGCACUUGUUGUGUAUCCAAACUGCCGCAAGAUUGAAACUUUCCAUCUUGAAGGGAAACUUCCUAAGACAGGGGUUUACAGGGAGGGAGAACGACAGGAUGUUCUGAGGGGAGAUUGAAAUAUUCCACCCUGUGGGGAAGCUUGUUAAGACAGGAGGAGGUAAACAACUUAAAAUAGAUUCAUGAAGCCCCUGAAACUGACCAGGGACUAGGCCCUUCCCCAAGUGUAUAUAAACAGUAAAGACUGCUGAGACCCUUGGCCAAGCCUAGCUACCUGGAAGAAGCAGAGAGCAGCCCCACUGCCUGAAAGAGUCUCAGACCAGAAGAGCUGCCUGGAAGAGGUUCAGACCAGCUGAACCACCAGGAAAGGACACUUUCCAUCCUGUUGAGCUGCCUGCAGCCUGUACAGUGUG